UUUCGUUUCAAAACCGUGUAUCCAAACAGGCGGAGAGGUAGCAUAGAGCGGGAAGAGGAACCAAUCAGUAUAAGCACCGUCCACAAAUUUUAAAUAUAAAGCCCUCUUUUUGCUUUCAAGACUUCUUCGAGAAUCAUCUUCUCUCUCUCCGACUCUCCCUCUCCAAAAUGGCUCGAAAUAAGGAAGCAUUGCUUUUGUUGCUUGAUGUGGGUCCAUCAAUGCAUAAUAUUUUGCCUGAAGUUGAGAAAUUGUGCUCUAUGCUAGUACAAAAGAAGCUUGUUUACAGCAAAUAUGAUGAAGUAGGAGUUAUUUUGUUCGGAACUGAAGAUACUAAUAACCAGCUGACUAAGGAAAUAGGAGGAUAUGAACAUGUGGUGGUUCUGCAGAAUGUCAAAGUUGUUGAUGGGGAUCUUGUUGAAGCUUUACAUCAGCUUCCUCGAGGAACUGUUGCUGGUGAUUUUCUCGAUGCCAUUGUUGUUGGAAUGGAUAUGCUGAUUAAAAAGUAUGGAAUAACUAACAAGGGAAAGAAACGUCUUUGCCUUAUUACCAAAGCACUUUGUCCUCUUAAAGAUCCAAUGGUAGGAACAAAGGAAGAUCAAGUCAACAUCAUUGCUAAAGGAAUGACUGAACAUGGCAUGAAAUUGGAAUCUAUAGUUGCGAGGGGAAAGCAAAGUUGUGUUGCAAACAAAAGAACAGUGGAGGAGAAUGAUCUUCUUUUGAGUAUAUUUUCGACUAAAACUUGUUCAAAGACCGUGUAUGUUGAGAGUCCUGCUUCAUUAUUGGGUGCACUUAGAACUCGGAAUAUAUCUCCCGUCACAAUAUAUAGGGGUGAUUUUGAAAUAAGCCCCAAAAUGAAGAUCAAGGUAUGGGUUUACAAAAAAACAUCUGAAGAGAAGUUCCCUACUCUGAAAAAAUAUUCUGAUAAAGCGCCUCCAACGGAUAAAUUUGCCACUCAUGAAAUCAAGUUGGAUUUUGAGUAUAAAAGUGUUGAAGAUUCAAGUAAGACUGUGCCCCCAGACCAAAGGAUUAAAGGUUAUCGUUAUGGUCCUCAAGUAGUUCCUAUCUCAUCUGCUGAAUGGGAAGCUGUGAAGUUUAAAGCAGAGAAGAGUUUGAAGCUCCUAGGAUUUACAGAUGCCUCAAACAUAAUGCGGCACUAUUAUAUGAAAGAUGUCAACAUCUUCAUUGCUGAACCGGGCAAUACAAAGGCCAUUAUUGCAGUUUCUGCCAUUGCAAGAGCAAUGAAGGAAAUGAAAAAAGUAGCUAUUGUCCGCUGCGUAUGGAGACAAGGACAGGGGAAUGUAGUUGUAGGGGUACUGACUCCUAAUGUAUCUGACAAUGAUAAUAUUCCCGAUUCAUUAUACUUUAAUGUACUUCCUUUCGCCGAGGAUGUUCGAGAGUUCCAGUUUCCCUCUUUCAGCAAUUUCCCUUCAUCAUGCCAGCCGAACAAACAACAGCAAGAGGCUACAGAUAACUUGGUAAAGAUGCUUGACCUUGCACCAACUGGCAAAGAGGAAGCUCUGCAGCCUGACUUUAUGCCAAAUCCUGUUUUAGAGCGCUUUUAUCAUCACCUUGAGUUGAAAUCAAAGCAGCCAGAUGCAGCUGUGCCUCCACUUGAUGACACUCUCAGGAAGAUAACUGAACCUGACCGGGAACUUCUGUUGCAAAGCAAGUCUGUCAUUGAUGAAUUUCGCAUGCACUUUGAACUCAAGGAGAAUCCGAAGCUGAAGAAGUCAACUAGAAGAUUAUUAAGAGAUAAACCUUCUGGAUCAAAUGAGGAGGGAGAGGCUAUUGGGAAUGAAGCUGUCAAUUCUAUAGAAAAUGCAUCUACUUUCAAAGUCGAGAAAAUAGGGGACUCAACUCCUGUUCAAGAUUUUGAAGCCAUGAUGUCUCGCAGGGAUAGCCCAAAAUGGGUUAGUAAAGCAGUCAAGGAUAUGAAAAAUAAAAUUUUUGAAUUGGUGGAAAGCGCUGUUGAAGGAGAUACAUAUCCAUAUCAUAAAGCAGUGGAAUGUUUAGUAGCUCUGCGCAAGGGUUGCAUUCUUGAGCAAGAACCAAAACAGUUCAAUGAUGUCCUGCACAAUCUUUAUAAAUUCUGCCACGAGAAAGACCUCAACAGUUUCAAUGAAUUUCUUGCAUCUAGAGGGAUCAUGUUGAUCACCAAGACAGAAGCCAUAGACAGUGAUGUUACAGAGGAUGAGGCUAGAAGCUUUAUGGUUAAAACAGUGCCAAAACUCGAGCAAAGUCGUUAAGGAAAUAACAUGGUCUGCUCUAUUUUGCUUCUUUUUGUUGUUAUUGUGGUAAAAUAUUCGUUUUGUUGUAUCGGAUGUAAAUUAUCUGAGGUAACAUGAAGAUUAGCUUUAAGAUUGUCCUUGGAGCUUCCAUUAUUGGAUAUAUUAUUGAAUAUGCUUCCGUUACAGGCUAUAUUUUGGAUAUCAGAGGACUAUUAGGGGAACUCAUUUAGUGAAA